AUGCCUCAAUACACCUCCCGCGAUGUCGGCGACCCAUCGCAGAUCAAGAAGAACAAGCAGUCGAUGGCCGAUCUCAAGCUGAGACGAUUGACGGAACUCAACAACCGCCUGCGCGAGGAUCUUGAAAGGGAACGGAUUCCGGUCAGCAAUGCUUCUAAGAGCAUCAUUGCCUACUGCAACAGCACGAGGGACUACAUGGUUCCAUCGGUUUGGGGCGCUGUCCCCCGCGGCGAAGACCCUUACGCACCACAACAAAGCGGCGGAUGCUGCUUGGUGAUGUAG